AUGCAGACAUCAGCACAUCGCAAUUCUUUCCUUUCAAACAGAUUUCGUUCUUUCUUUCUUUUUUUUCUUUCUUUCUUUGAUAUUCUAUAUUCAUUUUUCCUUUCUUUUAAUUUUAUUUCUCUUAAAUUUACUUUUCUUUCUUUCUUUCUUUCUUUCUUUGAUAUUCCAUAUUCAUUCUUGCUGCCUUCUUUUUUAUUUCAUUUCUCUGAAGUUUACUUUUCUUUCUUUCUUUCUUUCUUUCUUUCUUUGAUAUUCCAUAUUCAUUCUUGCUGCCUUCUUUUUUAUUUUAUUUCUCUGAAGUUUACUUUUCUUUCUUUCUUUCUUUUUUAUUCUUUGAUAUUCUAUAUUCAUUUUUGUUCCUUGCUUUUUUUUAUUUUAUUUAUUUCUCUUAAAUUUACAUUUCUUUCUUUCUUUCUUUGUUUGAUAUCCCAUAUUCAUUCUUUUUACCUUUCUUCCUUCCUCGUUUCCUUCUCUCUCGUUUUUUGCAUAUUUCGUAUUCAUUACUGUUUCCUAAUUUUUCUUUCUUUCUUUAAAACUUUUUCUCAUAAUUCUUUUUCUUUCGUCUCUUUUUUCAUCGUUCUGUUUUUCAUCUUUAAAAUCUUACUUUCAUAUUUCUUUUCCAUUUUUCAUCGUUUCUUUUUUAUUUCAUUUAUUCCAUUAAAUUUACAAUUCUUUCUUUCUUUCUUUCUUUCUUUCUUUCUUUCUUUCUUUCUUUUUUUCUGCCCACCCACCAAUGUCAUUGGCGUCGGCGGCUUCCUUUUCCUCCUCUUCUUGCACCCUUAA